CUAUGCUGAGGGCAGCCCGAGAGAAGGCCGGGAAGAUGGCGGCCUCCUGGAGGCUGCGCUGUGAUCCGCGGCUGCUGCGUUGCCUCCUGGACUUCGGCGGCCGCCGAAGCCCAGGGCUGGUUAAGGGGGCUUCUGGGUGGCCUUUGGGCCGCGGAGCUAGUUGGAGAUGGUUUCACAACACGCAGUGGCUGCGGGCUGGUCCUAUUAAGAUAUUAAUGCCAUCACUGUCUCCUACAAUGGAAGAAGGGAACAUCGUGAAAUGGCUGAAAAAGGAAGGUGAAGCAGUGAGUGCUGGAGAUGCCUUAUGUGAAAUAGAGACCGACAAAGCUGUGGUUACCUUAGAUGCAAGUGAUGAUGGCAUCUUGGCCAAAAUAGUGGUUGAAGAAGGAUCUAAAAAUAUACGGCUAGGUUCACUAAUUGGUUUGCUAGUUGAAGAAGGAGAAGAUUGGAAACAUGUUGAAAUUCCCAAAGACAUAGGUCCUCCGUCACCAGCUUCAGAACCAUCAGUGCCUCGCCCCUCACCAGAACCACAGGUUUCUACCCCUGUCCAAAAGGAACACACACCGGGGAAACUGCAGUUCCGUUUAAGUCCAGCUGCCCGUAAUAUUCUGGAAAAACACGCACUGGAUGCUAACCAGGGCGCAGCCACUGGCCCUCGAGGGAUAUUCACUAAAGAGGAUGCUCUCAAACUGGUCCAGUUGAAACAGAUGGGCAAGAGUCCUGAAGCCAGACCCACCCCAGCCAUGCCAGCCACUCCGACAACACCUUUGCCCCCCCAGGCCACUGCUGUGCCAUCUUAUCCUCGGCCAAUGAUUCCACCCGUAUCAACUCCUGGACAACCUAAUGUAGCGGGCACAUUCACUGAAAUCCCUGCUAGCAAUAUUAGAAGAGUUAUUGCUAAGAGGCUAACUGAAUCUAAAAGUACUAUACCUCAUGCAUAUGCAACUGCUGACUGUGACCUUGGAGCUGUUUUAAAAGCUAGACAAAAUCUCAUCAGAGAUGACAUUAAAGUAUCAGUGAAUGAUUUCAUCAUCAAGGCAGCGGCUGUUACCCUUAGACAAAUGCCGAGUGUUAAUGUAAGCUGGGAUGGAGACGGCCCAAAGCAACUGCCCUUUAUUGACAUUUCAGUGGCUGUGGCAACAGAUAAAGGUCUAAUUACACCAAUUAUAAAAGAUGCUGCUGCUAAGGGUCUACAGGAAAUUGCUGUCUCUGUAAAGGCUCUAUCAAAGAAAGCCAGAGAUGGAAAACUGUUACCUGAAGAAUACCAAGGAGGCUCUUUUAGUAUUUCCAACUUGGGGAUGUUUGGCAUCGAUGAGUUUACCGCAGUGAUCAACCCACCUCAGGCCUGCAUUUUGGCUGUUGGGAGAUUCCGACCUGUGCUGAAGCUCACUCAGGAUGACGAGGGGAACGACAGGCUGCAGCAGCGCCAGCUCAUCACCGUCACGAUGUCGAGUGACAGCCGCGUGGUGGAUGAUGAGCUGGCUACCAGGUUUCUUGAAAGUUUUAAAGCAAACCUAGAGAAUCCUAUUCGACUUGCCUAGUCGUCAGAGAGAAGUUGGUCUUUGGCUUAGUGAAUUGUGUAGUUGUUACUGAGAAACAUACACUAUAGGAAAACAAUUAGGUGUUUAAAUGUGAAGUGGAUAAAGUGUUUAUUUAUUUUAGGUGAAAGAAUUUGACCCGAGUUGUCUUCGUUUUCAACUUGGUUUUAAUGUUAAAGAAAUAAAUAACAAACUGUAACUAACAGAAGAGGACAUCUGGUUAGUCAGAUCCAUUUUUAAUUUAACCACUGGUGCUGUACAAAAGGGAUGUUAAAGUAGAUGUAAAUUAAAUUGUGUGUUUGGCUCAUUGGAGCAUUUUACAGUAUUGGAGAAUGUAUGAUAAAUUGUAAAAUCAAAAAGUUGUUAGAACUCUACCUUAAUUGUGUUGAAAUUAGAAGUGGUCUUCAGAGAGAUGCCCGUUAACAUAGCAGUGGGACCUCACUUUUACAAGCACUUCUCUUAUAUACUUGAACCAUUUAAUAUGUACAGACGUUUAUUCUGGAUAGUAGUAAAUAAAUAAGAAUCACACUGUACUAGGGGUUGUGGCAACAUUAUUGAAUUUUUUUAUGUAUAUAAAGCCAUAUGUUUUAGAGUGGUUUCUAUCAGUCUUAUUUUACACUUUCAUGACACUGUGAACUAAAGAAGAAUAAUUUAAAAAAAAAUUAAAAGUGAAGAAAGAGACCCAAAAAGUGUUUGUUUCAAUAAUAAACUAUAGUUAAAAUAUCUGAGCCUUCAGAAAUAAACUGCUCACCUUCAUACUGAGUUGGAACAUAUUAAAAUAAAUUAUGCUAUUUCCUGUCAAACAUUUUAAGUUAGCAUUGAGUUAAACACAAAAUGUUGUUUCUUUAGUAAGAAGAGAAAAAUUCAUACAAAUAUGAAGAGAAACAUGAGUAAGAAUCAGGAUGUUGUUUCUUAAUGCAUUUUAAUCAAGUUUUUAUAUUGUGCAAUAAAAUGUCAGAAAAUAUAAACAUUUCUAUUGUAUUUUAAAUGUUAGGACACAGAAGUUUAGUACCUUGAAGUAGAUUAGUAGUUUCCCUAGCACAGCUUAAAAUGGACUCUACGGGAGGAAAGAAGGAAUUUAAAAUUACAGUUGACCCUUGAACAACUCGGUGUUUGGGGGCGCUGACCCCAUGCAGUUGACAGACGUGUAGGGUUGACUCUCAUAUCCAUGGUUCCACAUCCGGGAAUUCAACCAGCCGGGGAUCGAGUAGUACUGUGGUAUAUAUUUAUUGAAAAAACUCCACGUAUAAGCGGACAUGCACAGUUCAGAUGCAUGUUGUUCAAGGGUCAGCUGUAAUAUGACAUCAGGAAAAUAAUGGAUAUGGAAUGUAAAACUUUGGAAAGAGGGUAGAAGAGGAGGCCUGUGAAACAGGUGAGAACUGUUCUUUUUAUUCCAUUGAUAACAUGAAAAUUUGGCUAACUGUAGUAAAGAUCAGAAGAGUUCAUUUCUCUCUUAGCAGCUGCUACAACUGACGAGGUAACUUUACAGGAAUUUGACGGUGAUUUACUUAACCAGUCACAGACUCGUGUCAGCAUCUGCUGACAUGAAUCACCAGAAGAAAGGCUGGGGUGCAAGUCAUAUGCUAUGACAUGAUGAACUACUUAUGCUCUAACAAAAGAGCUUUCUAAAGUAAUUAGCGCCCCAGUACAUCAAUUGCUAAGAUGCUUAAUCCAAUCACUCUGUUUUAACAAGCCAUUUUUAGAGAAUAAUCUUCAAAACUUUUGUCUGAUUAGCAAUUAUACUGAAAAUUGUAACCAAAUGCUAUUUUCAAAGCAACUGUCAUGAGUUACAUCAUUUUCAAUCAGUUUCAACUGAAAUUACUUGUUUUUUCCCCUCAUUUUUGUAUCUGAGGAAUAGUGUGAGACAGCCAUAAAUCGCCCUUUUUGGAGUUCUGUUUUUCCAGGGACUGACACGCGUAAACUGUGGCGCAUCUGUUUCCCUGGAGGUGGAAUGGCAGUGAUACCCACCCCCGCCUGCCUCAGGGAGCAGUUGAGAAUGGCACAGGAGAAAUGCUGUAUAAUUCAAGACAUUUUAAUUCUUCAUGAACGUCACAGCCAGGCUUUUCAUAUAAUCACUUGCUUCUCCUGGUUUGACCUUUCAUAGAUAGACUUCUCAGCUGUUGGUAUAAAUGCCCAUUCAUUCUGUCUGAAAGUAUUUUUUCUAGUAUUUCUGUACUGCUUAGGUUUAUGUAAGGAAAUUGUCAUUCCUAAAAAUAAUUCUCUUGCAGCCUGAGGUCAGAGAUUUGAGAAAGGGGUUUGGUAUCCUUGGUGGGGAUUGUCACGGAGAAUGGGUGUGUGCUGUAUGAGCAGGCUCGCUUCUAUAUGGUGUGUAUAAAUCUACUUCGUAGUACUGAGAGGCUAUGAAAUGAGAUUUUACACCUUUUUUUUUUUCUCACUUAACCAAAAUGACCAAAAUGUUGGGAAGAUUUCCAAGGAAAAGGCAGCACUCAUUCUAGUUCACACUUGGGCAUGAAAAAUAUCAAUGAAUGUUAGAAUUUAUAAGUCACAGCAGUCCUGCUCCUCCCUGACUGUAGCUUCUAGGUAACAUUUUCAGACACAGCUUAUUCACUAUUUUGUGGCAGAUUAAAAUUGUUAUACUGCUAGACAAACUCCUUUGUUUGAAACAUUACUAAGAAAUUUAUGUAUACUGGUGUAAGUAUUCGACAGUGUCAAAUGCAAAUUCUAUUUUUAGAUUUUGUGGUGUGUAUGUAUUUGUGUGUAUUUUGGACUAAAUUUCACAUUAAGUUGUACAGGCCAGCCAUUUGGGCAUUAUGCUCAUUAAAAGUCAAACUAGUUUCCUAAUGUUUUAUUGAAAGAUAGGUGGUGCUGUGACUUAAUAUACUGUAGCUAGAGUGUGGCAGAAAAAUUAAAAUGGUAAUUCUGUUUCCAAGGAAAAUUUAUUCUCAUUACACAUUGCAUCCUGGUAGACUUUGUCUCGAGUGAAGUGAAGAAAUGAAAGAAACAAGGGUAUUGCAGGUCAGAAUUAACCGUUAUUUUAAAUGUGAUGUUAUUAAUGGGAAAUUUCUGUUGACUUUUGAAAAAGGAAGUAAUAGUGCAGAGUUACUUUUAAGGUUAAAUCUGGCCACAAUAUGCAAGGUCGGUCAAAACAGGGAAAGGACAGCAGUCAGCAGGAGCCAGCUGGAAGCUUUUGCUAUAGUGAAAGCUUGAGUUGAUUAGAUUCUGUGCCAGGUCAAGUGGCUUUAAAAAAGGGAAAAAAAUUAAAACUAUUCGACAUGUCCAUCUGCUGCUGUAGGUUAUGAAUACGUGGGGUAGGUGUGCUGUCAGGUGGUGCAGUGACAAUGAUGCAGUUUCCCAGUCCAAAACAUAGCCCCCCAUAGUCCCCAUCACUAGUGUACAAAGGGUUAAGGUUCUAAUAAGUUACUGGCAGCAAAUGGUAUAUUUCAGAAGACACUUAAACUUUUUAUAAAUGGAAAACGCAGCAGUGUUCUAAUAAAACCAU